AUGCCGUGGGUGUUGGCAGGUGAUUUCAAUGAACCACUUAUGGAGGAAGAUAAAUUCGAGGGAAAAGCAGUGAGUGUCAAUAGGUCGCACUUAUUUAAAGAGUGUUUGGAUAAAUGUAACAUGAUUGACAUAGGGUUCUCGGGGCCCCGUUUCACCUGGACAAAUAGAAGGGAGUUCCAAACACUAAUCCAGGAAAGAAUAGACAGGGUAUUUGUGAAUCCUAGCUGGUGCGUAUUGUAUUCGGAAGCUCGAGUUGUCCAUUUCACCCGAUGCCACUCUGAUCACUGCCCUAUUCUUUUGGAGAUGCAGCUGAGAACAAUCUUGGGGGAAAUAAGGCCUUUUAGAUUUCAAACCUCCUGGCUAUUAGAGCCAUCCUUCCCAUUUGUUGUGACACAUGCCAGGAGAGACUCUCCCACCUUAGGGGAUGCAGUGAACAGGUUUACCCAAGCAGCAAUUAGGUGGAAUGGUUCCCACUUUGGGAAUAUUUUUACUAGGAAAAAGAACCUUUUGGCUAGGAUCAAUGGUAUUCAACAAGCCUUAUCUGUGAAACCUUCUAUUUUCCUUGUUAAUUUGGAGAAUGAGCUUCUUAAGGAGUUAGACUGA